AGUCUUCAAAGAGCUGCAUGGACAACACAGGCCGAUAUGGGGAAGAUCAUCUUCUACGAGGAAAAGAACUUCUCUGGGCGCCGGGCCGAGUGCGGCAGCGACUGUCCGGACCUGACCUGCCUCCUCAGCCGCUGCAGCUCCAUCCGAGUGGAGAGCGGCUGCUUCAUGGUUUACGAAGAGCCGCAUUACAACGGGAGCCAGUUCUACCUGAGGAGAGGGGACUAUCCUGACCUCCAUCACUGGACGGGGGUCAACGACCUCAGCUCCUGCCGCCUCAUCCCCACGGAGCCCGGCUCGUUCAACGUGCGCCUCUACGAGCGGAUUGAAUUUGGAGGCCAGAUGAUGGACCUGGGGGACGACUGCCCAAGCGUCAUGGACCGCUUCCACGUGCAGGACAUCUUCUCCUGUAACGUAACCAACGGCAACUGGCUCUUCUACGAGCAGCCCGGCUACCGGGGGAGGAUGUACCUGAUCAGGCCUGGGGAGUACAAGCGCUUCAGCGAGUGGGGGGGCAGGAGCGCCAGGGUGGGCUCCAUCCGCCGCAUCAUGGACUACUGACCCGCUUAUCUGCAGGUUGUGGAAAAGCUACACGCUCAGAUCAGGGUCUGAAGACUGUUUUGGACAGAUCUCUUAGAAUUCAGUGAAAAUGUUUUUGAAUGUAAGUGGAUUGAGAUCAGGCUGGACUCAAAGAAUCAAACACUUAUCUUUCAAAUAAAGCUGUUGCAGCCUGGCAUCUUGUUUACGCUGUGAGU